UGGUCGAGUAGCGCGAUAGAGUCUCUGAUUUCACUUCAGAAACAGCAUCACUGCGACGUACUUGAUGAAAAAAGUGAAAGUUUGAGGUUGCAAUGGCCAAAUACGAGAAAAAGCCAGAGCCCGGAGACCUCAUUGAAAUCUCCCGAGGCUUAUACCAGCACUGGGCUAUUUAUGUUGGUGAAGGUUAUGUGAUUCACCUGGCACCACCCUCUGAACAUGCUCAAGCUGGGGCCAACAGAAUCAUGUCAGUACUACAUGAAAGAGCCACAGUGAAAAAAGAACAACUUUAUGAAGUAGUUGGCAAUAAUGAUUAUCGUAUCAACAACCUUUUGGAUGAGAAAUAUAAGCCACGUCCUGUUCGAGAGAUUCUACAGGAUGCACACAGUUUUGUGGGAAAAGAACGUACAUAUAGUGUGUUUACAAAGAACUGUGAGCACUUUGUUACAGAGCUGAGAUAUGGAAAACCACAAUCCCGCCAGGUGCAAGAUGCAGUGAGGACUGUUGCUGCAGGGGCUGGUGCAGGGCUUGGCAUUGGAAUCAUUGCUUAUGCAGUUGCAACCUUUCUUGGUUCAAAAGACAAAGAGAAGCAGACACAAUGAACAAUAGCUGAACAUGCUCAAGCUGGGGCCAACAGGAUGAUGUCAGUACUACACGAAAAAGCCAC